UCCCAUAAAGGGGGGCCGCGCAGGCCACUCGCUGUGGCUGAGGUGGGCCACAGUUUCUCUGGGGCCGCCUGGCUCGCUUGGGGAAGCAUGCGGCGGGUUAUGUCGCCACCUAUCGCCUGGUUUGCUCCGCAGAAGUCAGCCAGGGCCUUCCUUCGGGCUUGGCUUGAGAGGGGAAAGAACUCAAGCCCUCCUUCUGAGGACGGCACCGGCCCUGGGCGGAGACAGAGCGGGAGAGGUUCUUGACAACCCGGUGGAAAGUUGGAACCAGGUCCUCGCCCGGCUCCGGCCGCACGGCCUGGGGCAAGCGGUUCCUCCCCUGGGCCUCGGCCACCUUCUCUCCGAUGACGACGACGCCCAGGGCCGCGGGUGCUGGCAGGGCUGGAGCGGGGAGAGCAAGGCUCCCCGAGCUGGGAAAGUGCGGAGGGAGCCCCGUGGAAGAGGCGGGCCGAUCCCGGUUAGUUUCGGAACCUCCCUAAGCCACUUUCCUCCUUCCUUGGCGAGUUCACCUCCCAGAGCCGCGGCAGGAAUGAACGGAAGCCAGGCCGCGAGGGUCCCGUCAUUACCCUGCCACCACACUGCCCGCCGGGCCCGCGGGGAGGCUGACUUCGUAACGCCGCCCGACGCGCACCUCUCGCGAGAACGCAAAGACCAAGCCGCACACGCGGCCCGUCAACCCGGCUGUCCGCGAGAGGACACGGGGACGACGGAGAGGAAACAGGGGGGGCCCUGCACGGGCCGGUGGUGGCGUGCCUUGACCGCGGGGCGUAAUUACGUCUAUUGUCUGCACCAGAACUUACAGAGGAGCCUAAACCGCCAAACCCACGUGAGGGAAAGAGUGGUUUCCCGAGCGCCAACUGCGUGACGCGGCCGGACGAGGCCGGUGCCACCUGGGAGGCACCUUAGUUGCCUCGUGCUGGCCUCCCGAGGAGCCCUCUCCGAAGUUUCUUUGGAGAUCAGCCACAUACGAGCUGGUUUCCUUGUCCUUCGGGGGCCACACGUCCCCCUGGCAGAAAGAGAAGACCCCAGUGUCCCGCUCGCACGCGCACGGGGACGCCCACCACGUUCCUACAGUCCCAGCUCCGUCCUUGCCGCCGGCUGGCACCGCAGCCCGUUCCCUCAGCAUUGGACCACACCGGCCACACACGGACACAUCGCAGACCAUACAGAAGCCCUCAGAACACAACAUGGAGCCCCCUGUCUUUGCCAGAAGGGCCACUGGGAAGUCUGAAGUGCUUCCAGUUCGUAUUCACACACGUAUAUUCAAACUGCCGUGUGUCGUUCUCCAGGGUCCGUCUUGGUCGAAGCCACAAAGUGUCCCCAGGACAGCGGCACUGGGAGCUCUCUCGCCACUCCCCUUCAAAGGACUCCCGGUUGCUUCCAGUUUUGCCACGGCCCCAACCAGUGGCACAGGAGCCGCGCCUUUAGUCUGCAAGCGUAAGUGGUCUCAAAGGACAGAGGAUUUAUUACAAGUGGGACCUGCCGGGUUGAAGAGUGUGUAUUCUAACUCGUCGUGCUUCCAAACGGUCUUCCCAAGAGGCUUCAGCCCAGAGUGACCUUCCUGAAACACCCACCUGGGACCACUCCUCUGCUAAAGCUUUCGGCGAGUAUCCCGAAAGGAAAAGCUGGGGAAAGAAGCCGAGAGGGGAGCGGGCGGUGAUGGGGCGGCUCCCACCGCUCGAGGGUGCUGUGUGCACCACACACGUGCGUACGUGUGUGUGCACGCUGUGGGGGGUGCAGGCAAGGCUGGGGACAGGAGUUAAGCAGGAAGAACUGAGGGAGAGGAGGCCGGUGAAGACUGAGGAGUGAAGACACCAGAGUGGCACUUAAGACAGCGGGGCUGUGCGGCCACCCCGGAGGCCAAAGAGGAGAGCGCAGGUAUAAAGCAGAAAACACUUGAUGACCGGUACUUUCACAUCUCCUGCUGGGUGGCAGAUGACGGUACCUAGCACGGAAGCAUCGGGUGUCACCAGCUCUCCAGCACCCUCUCGGAUGACAUCCUUCAACACGCCCCGGUCCCCGGAAAUGUCGCGCAUCCUCCGACUUAACCUCUGCUGGCACCGUGGAUGGCGUGGCAGGUGAGCGUGCCCGAGCUGGAGGACCGCCUUCAGUGCCCCAUCUGCCUGGAGGUCUUCAAGGAGCCCAUGAUGCUGCAGUGCGGCCACUCCUACUGCAAGGGCUGCCUGGUGAACCUGUCCCACCACCUGGACUCGGAGCUCCGCUGCCCAGUGUGCCGGCAGGAGGUGGAUAGCAGCAGCUCCCCACCCAACGUCUCUCUGGCACGGGUGAUCGAAGCUCUACAGCUCCCCGGGGACCCGGAGCCCAAGGUCUGCCAGCACCACCGGAACCCGCUCAGCCUCUUCUGUGAGAGGGACCAGGAGCUCAUCUGCGGCCUCUGUGGCCUGCUGGGCUCCCACCAGCACCACCGCGUCACGCCUGUCUCCACCGUCUACAGCCGCAUGAAGGAGGAGCUAGCGGCUCUCAUCUCUGACCUGAAGCAGGAGCAGAAGAAGGUGGAUGAGCAUAUUGCCAAGCUGGUGAACAACAGGACCCGGAUUGUCAAUGAAUCUGACGUCUUCAGCUGGGUGAUCCGUCGCGAGUUCCAGGAGCUGCACCACCUGGUGGAUGAGGAGAAGGCCCGUUGCCUGGAGGGGUUGGAGGGUCAUACCCGUGGCCUUGUGGCCUCCCUGGACAUGCAGCUGGAGCAGGCCAAGGGCACUCAGGAGCGGCUGGGCCAGGCUGAACGUGUGCUCGAGCAGUUCAGUAAUGAGAGUCACUAUGAGUUCAUCCGGAAGUAUCACUCCACGGCCUCCAGAGCAGAGCUCCAGCAGGCCCGGCCUCUGGAAGGCGCCUUCAGCCCCAUGUCCUUCAAGCCGGGCCUCCACCAGGCUGACAUCAAGCUGACUGUGUGGAAAAGGCUCUUCCGAAAAGUUCUGCCGGCCCCGGAGUCCCUCAAGCUGGACCCCGCCACCGCCCACCCACUCCUGGAACUCUCCAAGGGCAACACGGUGGUGCAGUGUGGGCUCCUGGCCCAGCGGCGAGCCAGCCAGCCAGAGCGCUUUGACUACAGUACUUGCGUCCUGGCCAGCCGGGGCUUCUCCUGCGGCCGUCACUACUGGGAGGUGGUGGUGGGCAGCAAGAGCGACUGGCGCCUGGGGGUCAUCAAGGGCACGGCCAGUCGCAAGGGCAGGCUGAGCAAGUCCCCGGAGAAUGGCGUGUGGCUCAUUGGCCUGAAGGAGGGCCGGGUGUACGAGGCCUUCGGCUGCCCUCGGGUGCCCCUGCCUGUGGCCGGCCACCCCCACCGCAUCGGCGUCUACUUGCACUACGAGCGUGGCGAGCUCACCUUCUUUGAUGCUGACCGGCCCGAUGACCUGCGGCCGCUCUACACGUUCCAGGCUGACUUCCAGGGCAAGCUCUACCCCAUCCUGGACACAUGCUGGCACGAGAAGGGCGGCAACGCGCUGCCCCUGGUGCUGCCCCCGCCCAGCGGGCCUGCCCAUCUCACCCCCACGCAGCCCACCAAGCUGUAGGGCUGCCGGUCGGUCUGCCUGCCCGCGGGCUCUUCCCAGCUGGGGCUCUGCUGGGUCCAGUGUGCAGAGAUGAUGUUCUUUACCGUGUGGGAAGGUCUUCACGCCUGUGUGUUCCUAGAAACGUUUAAUGAUAGGAAGAAAAGGACCAUAAUCCCUUCCCCUACAGCCAGGGGCCUAUUGAUUCACCUUUUGCCGGGUUAUUCACCUCCUCGUAAACCAGCAGAACCAGGCCUGGGUGUCCACGGGUUAAGAUAGGCUUCCCUUGGUCCCUCCUAAGCACACUUUCUGCUUCCUCUUUUAACUGAAGCUGGAAACAUUCCCGCACAUGAUUUCUCCAUGUCAUUGUGAACUUAAGGAUAAUAAAUUUGAUAGCGUCUUUCUCUUUA